ACCAAAAAAAAUUCUGUUUACAAUUCUUGUGCACAUGGUUUUGUUGAAUUAUUUAUCAAAUAUUUCAUAGAAAUCGAAUUGAAUUUUCUUAAAAUAUAAGAAUUGACUCGUAAAAUUGUAAUUAAUUUUCUUUUUUUUUGAGUUUUUUUCCAUACAAUAUUCAUAUUUAUGUCGAAAAACGUUGAAAUAAUAAUUGGCACUUAUGAAGAAUUCCUUCUGGGCUACAAAGUGGAUUACAAAAAUGGCGAAAAAAUUCUUGCACAAUCGUUUGCAGACAAAUCGCAUACAAGUUCGAUUAAAUGUUUGGGAGUGCAUGGGAAAUUCAUUGCAACAGGCGGGACCGAUGACCGUAUAUUUAUUUACGACAUGAAAACUCGAAAGCAAUCACAGAUUCUACUUAACCAUGAAGGUACUGUUAACGCCAUUGAUUUUACUUCAGACGACACUCACAUACUAUCAGCCGGCGAUGAUGGUCGUAUGGUAGCUGUACGUCUCAAUACCUGGCAGGUUGGAGCAAAUUGGAAAAAAGCUCACAGUGGCUCACCAGUUACCCAUAUAAGUUGUCAUCCCAGUGGAAAAUUGGCACUUUCACUUGGCUCUGAUCUUGUUUUACGCACAUGGAAUCUGGUGAAAGGUCGUGUUGCUUAUAAAACCAAUCUAAAGAAUAGAACAUCAUUGGGCGGUUCCCCAGAUUGCUUAUCUUGGUCACCCACUGGUGACUAUUUUAGUAUCACAGGACAGAGAGUUCUAGAAAUUUGGUGCAUUAAGAAAGCAGAUGUUUUCAAAACAGAGAAAACCAAAUCGAAACCGGUGUGCGUCAGUUGGGCGUCUGAUAAUGUUCUUUUAGUUGGAUUUGAAGAUGGCUCGAUUCUGUUUGUUUCUGUGAACGAAGAAGAAGAGACUGUGACGAUAAAUGCACACAAGUCUAGAGUAAAGGCGAUGUGUAUUAAGGACGAUAUUCUUGUGUCUGCUUCCAGUUCUGGAGACAUAAAAAUGUGGACUUUAGAUGCACCAAAUCGAACUCUAGAAGAGUUUGCUUCUACAAACAUUGGAUGUCGACCAACGUGUAUUGGUAUUUUAGAUUUGGAUCAGUUUGGCAGUGAUUAUGGAACAAAGAGUGUAGUUCUUGGAAAAGAUGCAAUUGUACCGGUUAAAGAAAAAUCAUUUGUACCACAAGCACGAGGUGUAGUUACUAUUGAAUACGAUGAUGAAGAUGAGAAAAAUGACAAAGAUGAAGAAAACGACGAAGAUGAUGAAAAUGACGAAGGUGAAGAAAAUGACAAAGAUGAAGAAAAUGACGAAGAUGAUGAAGAAGAAGAGGAGGAAGACGCGCAGAGUAGUGAUGAGGAACCAGAAAUCCCAAGUCCGAAAACAGCAAAAAAAAGGAAACAUAAAAAUGAAAAACAAAAUAAUAACAAACAAACAAAAUUAAAUCAAGAUGGAAAUAAAAAGAAGUUAAAGAAAAAUGCUUCAGGUAAUGCCCAUAAACCCGGAGCCUUUGUACUACAAAGAAAGAAGUAGUAGUUUCGUUUUAAAUCCAAUAAAGUUUAAUUUCCUUAAAUA